AGUCACUGUGUUCGUCUCGUUUCUAAAUUCAGACAAAGGUAAGUUAAAAGUAUAGCCAAAAUGGCUUCCAUAGCUCGCCUCUCUCUCCUCCGAGUCACCACCAUUCCCUCUUUAUCUUCGUUAUUUUCGUAUUCAAUCCCUUCAUUUUUCAAUCUCCAACCUAAUUAUAAGGUUUCCUCUACUCGGUCUCGAUUCAUAACGUCAUCGAUGGCUUCGGACUCCAAAGAAUCUCCAUCCAACAACCCGGGCCUUCACACUACCCCAGAUGAAGCUACCAGGGGAUACUUUAUGCAACAAACUAUGUAUCGGAUUAAGGAUCCGAAAAUCAGUCUUGAUUUCUACUCUGGCGUAUUGGGCAUGUCGUUGCUGAAGAGGUUAGAUUUUCCGGAGCUGAAAUUUAGCCUGUAUUUUAUGGGUUAUGAGGAUACAUCAUCAGCUCCAAUCAAUCCAGUUGAGCGUACUGCAUGGACCUUUGGUCAGAAGGCGACAAUUGAGCUCACACAUAAUUGGGGGACGGAGAUUGAUCCCGAAUUCAAAGGCUACCAUAAUGGAAAUUCAGAACCUCGUGGCUUUGGACACAUAGGCCUUACUGUUGACGAUACAUACAAGGCUUGUGAGAGAUUUGAACGUUUAGGAGUGGAGUUUGUGAAAAAACCUGAUGAUGGGAAAAUGAAAGGGAUAGCAUUUAUUAAGGAUCCUGAUGGCUAUUGGAUUGAAAUCUUCGACACUAAGACAAUUGGAAAUGUGACGGGUGCUGCUGCUUGAUGCGAGUUUUUUUGUAUUUCGCUUUCCCAGGUAACCUUUUUUUCUAUACCUGUUUUUAUAAUAAAUCUUAGAUUCUCUUUAUGCUAGCUAAACUUCUACUAUCAGUUAUUUGUGUAGAAUAUUCGGCUAAAUUAUCUGUUCAUAUAACUUCAGUGUGUUUGUAUGUUGGUUAAUUGAAUUUGUGCAUGUACAAUUUAAGUUUUUAUUUUGCCAAUUUGUCUUAAUUUUUUCCCUCCAGAAUUUUAUGGGCGGUGGAUGCCAUACAAUGGUUUGUAGCCUUGUUGAGUAGCCCUUUGUUUUUAAAUAAGGUACCCAGUUUAGGCCCCUCAGAUUUGAACAUAUAAUAUUGCGGCUGUCAGCCUGAUACUUUUAGCACUCAUAUCAGGCCAUGACCCCCUUUGUUCUUUAACUGGAAACUUAUAUUUUUAUUUGGUUAUUCAACUGUUGGAGUGUGGCUUGUGAGAUUUUUGACAUUAUGUAAAUAAUAGAAAAAGAAAAGUUGUGGUUUUGGCCUUUUUAUGGUGAAAUUUGUUGUUUAUGUGUACGAAAUUUUGAUUUUAUAUAUUAGGGUCUGAUUAAUAUCUUUGUUUCAGGGGUCCCUUAAAGGGUUGUCAUCUGUUCUUUCACCACUGUUCUUUAUUUUGUACUACUUCAUAGUCCCACUUCUCCUUAUAAUGGCAGGCUUUUGCAGCACCUCAUUUAAUUGUACUAGGAUAAAUUUAGUCGAACUGAUCAGUCUGGGUAAUCAAACUCCGAGUUGUUUCUAAACUUAAACAAGCACCCACAUACUGGUCUAUUUGGGUCUCAGGUUGAACAGUUAUUCGAAGGAAAAAAAAAAUCCAAAAUUCUGAUGCCUUGGUGAACCUGAAAUUGACCUUGAUACGAAGGUUUUGGGCUGCAACAUUGAUAAUAAUCGAAUGCGAACUUACAGCUAGACUCUAGCCUCUAGAGGAAAAUGGAACUUAGUAUGGCUUGUAUGCCUUCUCCCAUACUUUUGCUAUCUAGCUGACAAGAGUUGGUCAUAUAUGAGAUGAUGGUGGUAACUGGUAAUCCCUUGUUUAAUACCUCUGAGUGAAUUUUUUCAGCUUGGUAGUAAAUGUAUUUAGAGGCGGAGGAUAUACAUAUUUGAGUUUUUUAAAAUUAUUUAAAUAAAGUCAUACCGUGUUUUAUUCUAGCACAUUAGUUCUAGCAACAAUUAGCUUGAGCCUGGAUCUUCGGUUUCAGAAAUGCAUUAGUAAACCAUGAACUCAUCGAGUUUCCGGAGGUUUAUAGAAAUAUGGAUGAAGCAGGUUAUUUAUGGCCGCAGC